GCCAGGCCUGUGGGCCAGGAGGGGGGCUCCUGCUGGCGUCCAGGCAGGGACUGUCGCUGGCCUUUCCCUGUGCUGUGUCUCCAGGCUGGACUGGCCCUGAGCGGCAUGGCGGGGCCCCAAAGUGUCUCCUUGGUGCUGCUGCUUCCUCUGCUGCUGCCACUGGGGCCAACCUGGCAUGCAGCUGCCCAACGCUGCCCGCAGACCUGCGUCUGCGACAAUUCCAGGCGGCAUGUUGCCUGCCGGCACCAGAACCUCACCGAGGUGCCGAAUGCUAUCCCUGAGCUGACCCAGAGGCUGGACCUCCAGGGCAACAUGCUGAAGGUGAUCCCGCCAGCUGCCUUCCAGGACCUGCCUUACCUGACACAUCUGGACCUGCGGCACUGCCAGGUGGAGCUGGUGGCCGAGGGUGCCUUCCGUGGCCUGGGCCGCCUGCUCCUCCUCAACUUGGCCUCCAACCACGUGAGCGCGCUGCCCCAGGAGGCGCUGGACGGGUUGGGCUCGCUGCAGCGACUGGAGCUGGAGAGCAACAUGCUGGAGGAGCUGCGGCCGGGCACGUUCGGGGCGCUGGGCGCGCUGGCCACGCUGAACCUGGCCCACAACGCUCUCGUCUACCUGCCCUCCAUGGCCUUCCAGGGCCUGGUGCGCAUGCGUUGGCUGCAGCUGUCCCACAACGCGCUCAGCGUGCUAGCCCCGGAGGCCCUGGCCGGCCUGCCCGCCCUGCGCCGGCUCAGCCUGCACCACAACGAGCUGCAGUCCCUGCCUGGGCCGGCCUUGUCCCAGGCCCGCGGCCUGGCCCGCCUCGAGCUGGGCCACAACCCCUUCACCUACGUGGGGGAGGAGGACGAGCUGGCGCUGCCCGGCCUGCGGGAGCUGAUGCUGGACCACGGGGCCCUGCAGGCCCUGGACCCCAGGGCCUUCGCCUACUGCCCCCGCCUGCACACACUGGACCUCCGUGGGAACCAGCUGGAAGCCCUGCCGCCGCUGCAGGGCCCGGGACUGCUGCGCCGGCUGCGGCUGCAGGGGAACCCGCUGUGGUGCGGCUGCCAGGCCCAGCCGCUGCUCGAGUGGCUGGCGCGUGCGCGCGUAAGCUCGGAUGGCGCCUGCUGGGGGCCCCGGCGCCUGCGCGGCGAGGCCCUGGACGCCCUGCGGCCCUCAGACCUGCGCUGCUCGGAAGCAGGGGCGGAGGAGAGGGAAGAGGAGCUGGCUGCCUCGCAGCAACGUGCCCCUGCCGGCGCCCCCAAGGAGGAGGCCGGGCCCUGCCCGCGUGCCUGCGUAUGCGCCCCGGAGUCCCGGCAUAGUGGCUGUGAAGGCCAAGGGCUGCGGGCAGUGCCCCGCGGCUUCCCAAAUGACACCCAGCUCCUGGACUUGAGGCGGAACCACUUCCCCUUGGUGCCCCGAGAGGCCUUCCUGGGCCUGGACCUCUUGGUGUCUCUGCACCUGCAGCACUGUGGCAUCACGGAGCUGGAGGCAGAUGCCCUGGCAGGACUCAGCAGCCUGAUCUAUCUCUACCUCUCUGAUAACAGGCUGUCAGGCCUCAGCGCUGCCGCCCUGGAAGGGGCCCCCCGCCUUGGCUACCUGUACCUGGAGCACAACCGCUUCCUACAGGUGCCAGGGGCUGCCCUGCGCGCCCUGCCCAGCCUCUUCUCCCUGCACCUACAGGACAAUGCUGUGGAACACCUGGUCCCCGGGGAGCUGUCAGGCUUGCAGGCCUUGCGCUGGCUCUACCUAAGUGGGAACCGCAUCACCCAAGUGUCCCCUGGGGCACUGGGCCCAGCCCGGGAGCUGGAGAAGCUGCACCUGGACAGGAACCAGCUGCGAGAGGUGCCCACUAGGGCACUCGAGGGGCUUCCUGCUCUCCUGGAGCUGCAGCUCUCGGGGAACCCACUCAGGGCCCUGCGAGAUGGGGCCUUCCAGCCCGUGGGCCACUCACUGCAACACCUCUUCCUGAACAGCAGUGGCCUGGAGCAGAUUUCUGCCGGGGCCUUCUCGGGCCUGGGGCCCCAGCUCCAGAGCCUACACCUGCAGAAGAACCAGCUGCAGGCCCUGCCUGCCCUGCCCGGUCUCAGCCAGCUGGAGCUCAUCGACCUCAGCAGCAAUCCCUUCCACUGUGACUGCCAGCUGCUCCCACUUCACAGGUGGCUCACUGGGCUGAACCUGCGUGUUGGGGCCACCUGUGCCACUCCUUCCAGUGCCCGUGGCCAGAGGGUGAAGGCGGCAGCUGCUGUCUUUGAAGCCUGCCCAGGAUGGGCUGCCAGGAAGGCCAAGCGGACGCCAGCCCCCCGACCCAGUGCCCAGAGAACCCCCAUGAAGGGAAGACGGCAGAGCGCAGACAAGGUUGGGAAGGAGAGAGCCCGCCUCUGAACCCUGAAGCCGCUGACCCCGCCUCAACCUCGCCGGGAGGGUCUUACUCUCAUCGGGACCAGGCUCGGACGGGAUCCUCUCCGUGGCCUGCACGUCGUCCUCCAGCAGGGGCUUCUUGGACCCCUGUCUGAGGGGCCGGGUCUUGGUCGGUGGUAUUCUUUUUCCUUUGAAUAAAAACAAACUUAAAUC